ACGGUCUGCGCAGGCGCCGUGUCCCCGGGCCAACAUGGCUGCGCGGUACUCCCCACGCUGGUUGAAGGUGGCGGUGGGGACCCCCCGGCUGCCGGCUGCAGCGGGGAGAGGGACCCAGCAGCCACAGGGGGCCGUAGUGGCAGCCUCCGUAUGUCGCAAGCUGAGCGUCUCUGCUUUCGGGCUUUCCAUGGGCGCUCAUGGCCCCCGGGCGCUGCUGACAUUGAGACCCAGUGUCCGCCUCACAGGAACAAAAAGUUUCCCUUUUGUUUGUACUGCCUCCUUCCACACAAGUGCUGCUUUGGACAAAGAUGAUUAUUACCAGAUAUUAGGAGUGCCCCGAAAUGCCAGCCAGAAAGAUAUCAAGAAAGCCUAUUAUCAGCUUGCCAAGAAGUAUCACCCAGACACGAAUAAGGAUGAUCCCAAAGCCAAGGAGAAGUUUUCCCAGCUGGCAGAAGCAUAUGAGGUGUUGAGUGAUGAAGUAAAGAGAAAGCAGUAUGACACUUACGGCUCUGCUGGCUUUGAUCCUGGGGCCAGCAGCUCUGGGCAGAACUACUGGAGGGGAGGUCCCUCUGUUGAUCCUGAGGAGCUGUUUAGGAAGAUCUUUGGGGAGUUCAAAUCAUCUUCUUUUGGUGAUUUCAAGACUGUGUUUGAUCAGCCCCAGGAAUACAUCAUGGAACUGACAUUCAAUCAAGCUGCCAAGGGAGUCAACAAAGAGUUCACUGUGAACAUCCUGGAUACGUGUGAGCGCUGUAGCGGCAAGGGCAAUGAGCCUGGAACCAAAGUGCAGCACUGCCACUACUGUGGCGGCUCAGGCAUGGAAACUAUCAAUACGGGGCCUUUUGUGAUGCGUUCUACAUGUCGGAGAUGUGGUGGCCGGGGCACCAUCAUCACAACUCCUUGUGUGGUCUGCAGAGGAGCAGGACAAGCCAAGCAGAAGAAACGAGUGACAAUCCCUGUGCCUGCAGGAAUUCAAGAUGGUCAGACUGUAAGGAUGCCUGUGGGAAAACGAGAAAUUUUUGUCACGUUCAGGGUGCAGAAAAGUCCUGUGUUCCGGAGGGACGGCGCAGACAUCCACUCUGACCUCUUUAUUUCAAUAGCUCAAGCUAUUCUUGGGGGUACUGCCAAAGCCCAGGGCCUGUAUGAGACAAUCAGUGUGACGAUCCCUGCUGGGAUUCAGACAGACCAGAAGAUCCGCUUGACUGGGAAAGGCAUCCCCCGGAUUAAUAGCUAUGGCUAUGGUGACCACUACAUUCACAUCAAGAUCAGAGUUCCAAAGAGGCUAACCAGCAGGCAGCAGAACCUGAUCCUGAGCUAUGCUGAGGAUGAGACUGACGUGGAGGGCACGGUGAAUGGUGUCACCCACACACACACUGGUGGCAGAACCAAGGAUAGCUCCGAAGGAAGCAAGGAUAGGCGAGAGGCUGGGGAGGACGAGGGAUUGCUUUCCAAACUUAAGAAAAUGUUUACUUCCUGAUACCCCUGCUGAGGAAAACGGUCAACUGGAAACUAGAUCAGGAGCAGAGGCCCUCUCCAUGGCUGGGGCAUCAGACACAGGAGGAUCCCAGAACAGCAGCACUGAGCCCCUGCCUACAGAGCCCUCUGAACUACCUAGCAGCAGCAAAGCUGUGUGACCACACCUCUCUGCAUACAAGUUCAUGGUGGACAGCCCUAGGCAGUGACGUAUGGCCCUCAGGCUGAUGGAAACACCCUGUCCACUGGUAGGUGACUUGCUUCUUCUGGCUCAGGCAGGACACCUGGACUCUUCUUGUGGCACUAAAAUAAUCUGGAAUCACAUGUAGUAGAGAGCUGAAAGAAUUAAAGGCCAAACUUACAGCUUAAAUGAAGCCUUCAACUGCACAGCAUUGAGAUGAUUAAUUUCCCUCUCAACAAAGCUCAUGAAGUUCUGGGAUACAUCCUCCCUGACCGGUUCUGCUGAGGUGUGUGUUAUUUCCCUUGGAGGUUUGUUUGUUUUUUUUUUUUGGAAGGUACCAAGCAGGUGGAAAGUGGGUGCUAGGGCGCUGGGAGGCAUACUUGUAGAACACAGUCCCUCUAUCCACUUCAGCUUAGAUCGCAGGUUGCCUGACAGCUGAGUUAGAUUGUACUAGUCAGGUGUGGGGGUGAGGGUAGGGAAGCAGAGGCUCUUGCUCUGUUGGACCAAAGUUACCAUGGUCAUGUGGGACAGACUUCAGCCUCUGGAGACCCAGAGCUUUGCCAGCCAGGGGUUGCUCUCCUCUCUUCCACUGCUGACACUUGAUUUCCAAGGUGUUUUUAGAUGACUUAGUGGUAAGGUCCAUUGUCCUGUCCUGUGCAGAUGUUAAGAGGGAGAGUGCAGGGUUGUAGUGCAGUGGAAGUAGAGGAGGAAGUGCACCUCCUCUGUGCACAGAGCAGCCUCCUAUCCAGCCUCUGCUGGGAGCAUGUUGCAGUUUCCAUGUGUUCCAAGGUCCUGGAGCUAGUGUAAGACAGGCUAAUAAUAACACCUUCUCUGUUUAUAAUUUACAAAAGCAGAACAUUUUAUUAGUGUCUGAUUUAAGAAUGUAAAGUGAUUCUGUAUCAAUGUAAAUAAGAUGAUCUACUACAAAAGAUAUUUAAAACCAAAA